AAGGAGAGAAGCGAAAGUGAAACAGGGGAAAAAAAAAGAGAGAUACGGGAGCGGCCACGGAGAAGAAUAGGGGCGCAGGAAAAGCUGUCGGGACGAUCAGAGAAAGAGAAAGGCAAUUUAGCUGUGGUAAUACUUCCAGUAAGAAUGGCCAGUGGAAAUGUAAUUCCCUCUAAUGGAACAUGCAUAAUCCAGACAUCCCAGGGGUUCCCCGGUGUUGCUGUUCAGGUAUCUGGAGCAAUACCAAAUCUUCAGUACAGAGCUCAGCAACUUGGAACUUUCACCAGUGCUCCUCAACAAGGUCCCCAGAAAGGCCCUUUGGAGAGAUUCCUCAAUGCUGAGAUGAAAGUACUUGGGACCGUCCAAAUCAUGAUUGGGUUGAUGCACAUUGGCUUUGCGGCUGUCGCAAUUUGUCUUGCUCUCGCAGGCUACAUUGCCUGGUCUGCAGGUUAUUCCAUUUGGGGAGGGAUCUUAUUCAUUUCUUCUGGAUCACUCUGUAUAUCAGCUGCGAAGAAUGAAAACCGUAGUUUGGUGAAAUGCUGUGUAGGAAUGAACAUUACAAGUGCCAUAAUUGCAUUAAUUGGUAUUCUGCAGUAUAUAUUUGAGAUGGCCACGAUUAAUAGUUUUUCUUUAAAUUCCAAUUCAGAGGAUUGGGCAAAAAAUGUUGGCAUUUGCCUCUCCAGCGUGCUGUUCUUGUUCAGAUUGCUGGAAUUUGUCAUCACUGUUUCACUUGCACAUUUUGGAUGCCAGGCAACUUGCUGUGGUAAUAACCCCGCAGCCAUGGGGUUUAUACCUUAUCAAGUAGUCAGCGGAGAUGCACUACUCGCAACUGAACCAAAUUCUUCCUUUCCACCAACCUAUAAUGAUGUGGUUGCCAAGCCAGAGUAAGAAAAAGCAACAAGCCCAGGAAGGAAUUGUGAGAAGUGGUCAUAGAGGUCCACCAGAGGUCAUAGAAGAAGCAAUUCAUAUUAUAUUGUGUUGCUGUUGUUUUAUUCUCUAGCUUAUUUUUUCAAUUACAGCCUUUAAGCAUCACAUUAAAUAGUGGAAAGUUUUAAAAGUUUUAAAAGUUUUUAAAAAUAAUAGUUAUAAGAAAGAAGCAAGAAUUUUUGAUGAUGCGCACAUUUUAUUAGUCCUUUGUUAAUAUUCUGGAUUGCAUUUCCUUUUUCUGAUGACUGUUGUAUUAUGAAGGAGGCCUGAUGUUACAGAAACGAAAAAAAAAAAAUCACCAAGCAAAAUUGAAACACAAGUAAUUGGUAAACAAGUCAUUGGCAAUAGCAAUGUUAAUAUCAGUUACAUACAGUAAUUACUCUGUACAGUAAUUACUCUGAUCCCAAAGAGAUUAGUUUGCAUACAUUUAAAGUCAAGUCUGUAGAGUGUUUGAUACUGUUGUUUCCUAUAUAUAUAUACAAUAAAGCUGAAUUAGUACUGCUAA